UUAUUUGGAAGAUUGACUACUGAAAGAAGUACACUGUCAGGACAGCAAGGUGAUAGCAGAUCAUUGCAAUAGACUCGUCGACGGAUCAUAGCGGGAGGCAUUUGAAGAAUCGGUUCUCGGCUUUGGAUAUUCAAACCUUUACCCGCAUGAUAGUGGGCCGUAAGCAAGCAUCUCGAGCGAGGCUGCAUCAAGCAUGCAACACGCAGGGCAUCUUCUCGCUCUGAUCAUGGUUGCUAUGGAUCAUAACAGACCUGGAAGUUCUCAGGAGUAUGUACCAGUAGACGUUGCAUACGGUAGCUGCAGCUACAGACGCACCUCUAUUAGAGAUGGCGAGACGCGUCAGAUGGUCGUUGGAGAGUGUUCCUUAGCCACGUGUUACGCGGAUGAAGGCUACGUGGAGGUCAGAAAGUGCACUAACCUGCCACACGGGUGCAUCAACCCGUCAAGCGGACUCUACCCAGAUUGCUGUGCCAAUCCCAUCUGCGGUGAUACAGGCAACCCCACACCUGAGGACGCACAACAGCCUUCCACUCCACCUGUGAGCGAAUUUUCAACAACCACCACGCUUUCCACACAGCCUUCCACUCGAAGCGCUAGCACGUCGUCUAAUGAACCUACAAGUACUUUCCCGCCCUCUGGGUCUCCUGUAAGCUCUUCCACUUGGCUAUCGACUACCACAUCUAACCCUGUGUCCUCCACUAUACCGCCUACAACUUCGCCUUUUACUACCCUGUUUACCACCGAGUUCUCCAUUACGCCGUCCACCAAUUUCCCUUCCACUAUCCCGCCCACAACUUCUCCUUCUACUACCCCGUCUACCCCCGAGCUCUCUACCACACCGUCCACCAAUUUACCUUCCACUAACCGGCCCACAACUUCGCCUUCUACGACCGCGUCUACCACUGAGCUCUCCACUACGCCGUCCACCAGUUUCCCUUCCACUAUCCCGCCCACAACUUCUCCUUCUACUACCCCGUCUAUCACCGAGCUCUCCACCACACCGUCCACCAAUUUACCUUCCACUAUCCCGCCCACAACUUCGCCUUCUACUACCGCGUCUACCACUGACCUCUCCACUACGCCGUCCACCAGUUUCCCUUCCACUAUCCCGCCCACAACUUCUCCUUCUACUACCCCGUCUACCACCGAGCUCUCUACCACACCGUCCACCAAUUUACCUUCCACUAUCCCGCCCACAACUUCGCCUUCUACGACCGCGUCUACCACUGAGCUCUCCACUACGCCGUCCACCAGUUUCCCUUCCACUGUCCCGCCCACAACUUCUCCUUCUACUACCCCGUCUAUCACCGAGCUCUCCACCACACCGUCCACCAAUUUACCUUCCACUAUCCCGCCCACAACUUCGCUUUCUACUACCGCGUCCACCACUCAGCUCUCCACUACGCCGUCCACCAGUUUCCCUUCCACUGUCCCGCCCACAACUUCUCCUUCUACUACCCCGUCUAUCACCGAGCUCUCCACCACACCGUCCACCAAUUUACCUUCCACUAUCCCGCCCACAACUUCGCUUUCUACUACCGCGUCCACCACUCAGCUCUCCACUACGCCGUCCACCAGUUUCCCUUCCACUAUCCCGCCCUCUACAACCGCGUCUACCACUGAGCCCUCCAGUACGCCGUCCCCCAAUUUCCCCUCCACUAUCCCGCCCACAACUUCACCUUCUACUACCACGUCUACCACUGAGCCUUCCACUGCCCUGACGUCCACCACGUGGCCUUCUACAACUAAAUCUAAACCACUCACUCCAAUAUACCGUCCACGAAUGCGCCUUCGGUUAUCCCGCUCCCCACUUGGCCUUCCACUGCCGCACCUACCACUUGGCACUCCACUAAUAAAUCCACUAAAUGGCCCUUAGUUGCCACGUCUACCACCGAACACGUCCCCAACCAGUCCAUCUCUGUGAUCCCCAAUGCACCGUCUACCGCUCCGUUCUCGCCUCCAUACACCACCGAGCCAUCAACUGAUCCGUCUGCCAAUGAGUUAUUUAGCAAUCCGUCCAUCUCUGUGCUCUCCACUACCUCGUCUACCAGUGUGCCUUUCACUGUCUCGUCCACCACCUGGCUUUCUAUUAGUGCAUCAACCACCAAUCCACCACCAUGUUCUCGUCCAUGGAAGGACAAAAGGGAUGAAUUGAGACCUCCCUCCCACCACCGAAAAAAGAGCAACAAAAUAAAAAGAGGACUACGACGCCACCCCACCAAUGCGCCUCCCGCCCCGUAUUUUCCUGAAAUACGUUUGUUCCAACAGUAACUGCAUCCGGUACUGCUGCAACGAGACACAAUAACGCACAAAAUAUGAUCGAAAGCAUUGCAUACAUUCUAAAAAAAUAGACUAUGAAAAGAAGGAAUAAAGCACG